UAUAAAUGCGGGGUGUGCCCUUCGUCUCUGAGGACGCUCAAUUCUACACAGAUCAGCUUCCCGAAGAAGAAAAAAAGAACCUGAAGUUGAAGGUUUAAGGCUUCUGAUCAAGGACCCUCUCUGUAGAUUUCUCAUUCUUUAUCAUGGCGUUUUCUCAACGGUUGUUGAACAAAGUCGCAAUUGUGACGGGUGCUUCCUCCGGUCUAGGUCGAGCUAUCGCACUUGCAUAUGCUCACGAAGGCGCUCAUUUGGUCUGCGGCGAUCUCCAAGCUACCACUCGCUCGGUUAUUGCAGAUGAGUUGCAUAUAAACACUGAUGAACUCAUCAGACAGAACGGUGGUAAAGCAAUCUUCAUCCAGACGGAUGUGGGCAAUGCCGCGUCCGUGGAAGCUCUUGUCAAAACUGCAGUGGAUGAGUAUGGAAGACUAGAUGUUAUCGUCAACAAUGCCGGCAUUUCGGUCGAAGCUCGCGAUCCGCAACCAAUUCAUACUACGACCGAAGAGGUGUGGGAUUUGACCAUGCAAGUUAAUGCGAAAUCGGUGUUCCUUGGUUGCAAAUACGCAAUUUCACAGAUGCUCAAACAAGAUCCACAUCCUUCGGGUGAUAGAGGCUGGAUUAUCAAUACGUCCUCCAUCAUGGGUCUUAUUGCUGGCCCAAAUAACCCGUCAUAUUGUGCAUCUAAAGGUGCUGUGAGCAGUCUUACUAGACAGGUUGCUCUUGACUAUGGCAAGGAUAGAAUCCAUUGCAAUGCUAUCUGUCCUGGGUACAUACAAACUGCGAUUAUGGCUGAGACCACAACGAAUCUGACACCCCUUGACGAUCUCAAACGAAGGCAUCCAUUCGGUGGACCGGGCAAGCCAGAAGACGUGGCCAAGUUUGCCGUCGUUCUCGCUAGCGAUGAUGCAGCAUGGGUAUCUGGAGCAAACAUGUACAUCGAUGGAGCCUAUACUGCUCGAUGAUUGAGUCAUCUCAAUUGUGGAUAUUGAAUAUCCACGACCGCACAUAACACUGACAGUCCAUACAAGAAUAUAGAGACAUAUCUAACGAAGAAUUGCCAUGGCGCAUUCGACGCAAAGUAUCCAUAUAGGCUUUAGGUAGCUUCCGCAAUAUAAAUCAGAAAGAGGGUUGGCAAAGGAACGUAUUUUGCCACGCCUAGCCGCACAAGUCUAGCCACAUUAUGCGUAUUAUCAGGAACUCCAUUCUCGUUGGUUGGCAUUCUCAAUGUGAACAUUGCCCGAUGUGCAGUAGUAAG